UGUCUAUGUAAUCAUUAAGCAAAUUUUGUAUUUAUUAUUAAUUUUUUUAUGAUUGUUUCUGCCCAGUUGGCAGACAUAGAUUACUGCAUUCAUGUUUGCAGCUCCUGUCUUAAAAAGUGGAUAAAGUUUGUUCAUUUUGGAGAUGAGAUAAAUUAGUUUCUGCUACUUACCUGAAUGAAAACAGAACAAGUUUCACCUGUGGAUCAUGAGAUGUUGUUGAAAUCCUUAACAAAGUCUGCUUUUAAAGACAGAAGUAUCCCACACCAUUGCCAGUACAGAGAACUCCUCCUCCUUGGAUCAGCUUCUCAAGGAUAAUCAGGGCUCUCUUACAACGUCUCCUUCCAGCAGGCAGUGGGGCUUCAGUCGGGGGGACACUGGCAGGCGGACUGUCUGAGAGCCCUGCUUAAUCUGGGAAAAGGGAAUUUUAGCAUCUUCCAGGGUCAGUGGGAAGACCAUGGCUCCAUCCAGGACCUGUCAGGAGUCUUUGUUGGUUCUUUUGUUGCAGAUCUUGCUGAUUUGCUCGGCUCAGAGGGGCCCGGUUGGACCCAGAGGCCCCCCGGGACCUCCCGGCCCAGGCGGCGUGCCAGGAGUGGAUGGAAUUGAUGGGGAUCGAGGAGAAGACUCCACAGUGGUUGGAGGACUGGGACCUGAUGGAGACAACGGUAAAGAUGGGACUCCUGGAGCGCCAGGCCUUCCAGGCGCAGAUGGACCUGUGGGACCUCCUGGGGAUUCAGGCCCAGUGGGUCGAAAGGGGUCAAAGGGGGAACCUGGCGCUGCAGGACCUCCUGGAGAGUCUGGAGUUGGAGCCGACGGGCUGGAUGGUAUUCCUGGUACAGAUGGGCUGCCAGGUGAACUGGGAAAAGUGGGACCACCUGGAGCAAGAGGAAGGCGAGGUCAAGCUGGUGCUGCUGGUGCCGCUGGUCCUCGGGGACCUCCAGCUGUUUAUCAGGGCGAGGAGCUGUGUCCCAAUGCCUGCCCAUCAGGCCUGAGUGGACAUGCUGGACUCCCCGGGAUGAAGGGCCACAAAGGGGCUAAAGGGGAAUCAGGUGAGCCCGGACGACAAGGACACAAGGGAGAGGAGGGUGAACAGGGACCACCUGGUGAAGUUGGCGCUCAAGGGCUACCAGGCCCUGGUGGAUCAAGAGGCCUUCCAGGAAUAUUGGGCUCCAAAGGUGACAGGGGACCCCGUGGAAAACCUGGUGAUGUGGGACCUCGGGGAAUCCAGGGGUCACCAGGUGAUCCAGGACAGAGAGGAGUCACAGGUGAGAUCGGGCCGAAGGGAGUACAGGGUGACCAAGGACCCGUGGGAAUCAGAGGAGUGCCAGGACCAAAAGGAGAGACUGGCCUCCCAGGUCCGGAUGGUCGUGAAGGAAUACCUGGGCUGCCCGGCUCCAAGGGUGUACCAGGAAAAAGUGGGGCUCCAGGUGAUGCUGGUCCUCAAGGACUUCAUGGUUUACCCGGAUCAUAUGGCCAAAAAGGACACAUGGGUGUGAAGGGUAGUACAGGAGAUCCAGGAGUUGUAGGACUGAUGGGGUCUCCAGGGAAACAAGGUGAGCGUGGCGAGCAGGGAGUGGUGGGACCCGUCGGACCCAGAGGAGGACCCGGUGAACGUGGAGAGAGAGGACCCGAUGGACCUCCAGGAUCACCAGGAGCCAGGGGAAGCAAAGGGGAUCCAGGCCUUCCAGGACUUCCUGGUCCUGCUGGUUAUCGAGGCCAGAAGGGAGAUAGGGGUUCAGUUGGUCUUGAUGGUCCAAAGGGAGAUCAGGGACCUGCAGGUGCUGAAGGAACGCCGGGAGAAAGAGGGGACCUGGGUGAUGAAGGAGAAGUGGGAGAGAAAGGAUCGUCAGGUCCACCAGGAGAGACCGGAAAUAAAGGACCUGAGGGCAGCCGAGGACUGCCGGGUACAGAUGGCAAGGCGGGUCAAACAGGACCACGGGGCAUGCAGGGCGACAUGGGGGUGCCAGGCCUGCCAGGACAGCAAGGACCAGCGGGGAAAGCACCAACAGAUACACACAUCAAACAAGUCUGCAUGAGAGUAAUGCAAGAGCAGCUGGCCCAGCUAGCAGCCAGCCUGAGCAGGCCUGAAUCAGGCAUCGCCGGCCUCCCCGGUCCUCCGGGCCCACCUGGACCUCCAGGCCCAAGUGGAGAGAAUGGUUUCCCUGGUCACACUGGAUUAAGAGGUCUUCCUGGUCUGAAGGGUCCUUCUGGAGUAAUGGGUCGCAAAGGACCCAAAGGUGACCAGGGUGACAGAGGGGACAGAGGACCCACAGCUAGAGGACAUAAAGGAGAGCCAGGGAUCCCUGGUCUACCAGGUGAGCCAGGUCGGUCGGCUUAUGGUACACACGGCCAAGAUGGAGAGAGGGGACCUCGUGGCGUUCCUGGUAUGAACGGGGUACCCGGGCCCCCGGGUGCCCCCGGUCUAAACGGUUACUGCGAGCCAUCACAGUGUGUCCUGCCCAUGGUGGCGUCGCCGGUCUCUGUGAAGGACUCCAGCAUGAAGGGCCCCAACGAGAUGUGAUAGAGGAAAAAAACUAACUGGAGGAAGACUCAUAGACUGGAGGAGAAUUCACAGAUUUAUCCAUUUGGGUUUUAUCACUUGGUUUGUAUUUUUUAAGCCAUGUUUGUGGUUAGAAGCUGAUGUGGACUCCGCUUUAAAUAAAAAAGCUUCAGUUUAACAUUUGCUGUUCUGUAAGUUUCAAACAGUUGUUUGUAUUUCUGAGACAUGAAGAAUUGACAGUACGAACUUACUGGCUCCUUAUCUGUCCAGUCAGGCUUCGUUUAGGUUGUUUUGGUAAAUAUGUCAAUAUGCCAUUUAUACACUGCUGGAUGCUGUUUUCUUUUAAUCCACUGAACUCCCCACCCGUGACUUUUCACCUCACUGUCGGAUGCGUUUGAUCUUUUCUGGACCGGGAGGUUGCCAUGUGUGAAAUCAGUUUUUUGUGACUUCUUAUUUAUUAUAUCGAGGUUUGACGUGACAUCUUCAAGUUGUACAGAGGAAAUAAACACGUUUUGAUAA